AUGUACUCUGUCGUCCGCACUGCGUUGCCCCGCUCCUCGUUCGUCGCUCAACGUGCGCUCUUUUCGAGCUCGACCUUGGUUAGGUGAGUGCUGCAUGAACUGCGUACAGUGAGUGGUGCGUGAUUAGGUGCAGGGCCCCGGAUCGAGCAACGUCAUCACCCCGGGCGUAACCGGCAGCGACGGCAUCGUGGGACAUCACUCCUCCGAUCGAUCCCACGCGUUCGUGCACCGAGGUCAAUCAUGUACUGCACCACGUACUUGACGACCGGUGACGAUCUGUUCGCAAAAACCGCGGUGGAGAGUGACUUUCCACUCGCUUCUUCCCCCCCCCCCCCACCCCCCCGCCGCGGCAACCGAGCCGAUCUGUUCGCCACCGAGUCCGAUCCCGCCCUCGCAACGCGCUCCCUCAUCCUCACCCAGUACUGAUCCAUAUCCUUGCCGUUCAUCGCUCAUCACCUCAAUCAGCCAAGGCUCGGCAACCAAGCCGUUGGACAGUCGCGAACGGGCCGCCGAGGAAGCCUACUCGCGCGAUAGGGUAAGGCAGAAAUUUGACUCUAACAUGCAACCGUAUACGGACGGCGGGCUCUUACAGGCAAGCAAGCCAUACUCUGUUUUCUACAGGAGAACGAGAAGCUCAAGGCGUUGAAAAAGUCGAUCGAGGCGAGCAAGAAGCACCUCGAGCAGUUGGAGAAGGACCACGCCGAGCUCGAGUCGUCGCAGAAGAAGUAG